GCAUGUUCAGAUUUGUCAUGCUAAAUUGUUAAAGUAAGGAACAGCAACAAAUUGCUCUGACGUUAGUAGGCAUUUUUUUUUUGAAUUGGUGGUCCCAGGACCCCAGCAAGUCCAAAACAGGCUGUCAGAUGUCAGAGCAAUCACGGACUUCAGUAAAUGAUGGGCUGUAAGGUUUGGGAUGGAUGUGAAUAAAAAUAUAUUAUUGAUUUUUCUGUUGAUUGUGGAUAUACUCAUAGAACCAGUUGUACAGGGAGCUGACAGCAGAGGCGGGGGACCAGCGAUAGUACAGCUUUCUCAUGACAUCCCUAACAGUAAUGGAGCAGUCCAGUCUCAGGUUAAUCAGCAAGUAGUGAAUCAAGUAGAGAAAAACCAGCAAAAUGGUGCAAAGACAAUUGAUAAUUAUGUCAAAAAGAAAAACAAAAAGAAGAGAAGGAAAAGACGAACCAGUGAUACAAUGGGAAUACCUGCUCAUUUAAAUAAUGAACAAGUUCAGAAGAGAGGAGACAUACAUGUAAAUAGUUCUAAUGUUAACAACAUUCCAAAUAAUGGAUUUUUAAACAUUCAGGAUCAUGUAAAACAAUCCUUAACAGAAAAAAAUAAUAGUAGAGUUAAUGCAGGAAGUAGUAUACAACAGUCUAUCAAUGUAAAUACACCUAGUCCUGUUAUAAAUUCUGUAAAUAAUGUAGAAAAUAAAGUGAAAUCAGUGGAUAAUAGUCAUAAUUAUAAAGCUGUUGUUGACAAUAAUAAUAACAUUGCUGCUGAACCCCUAGUACAGAAUGGCAAUACGGGUCUCAAUUCCAAUAAUGUAGCAAAUCAACAAGCUGGCGGGAAUAAUCAAGCUGUUGAGAUUCCAAUGAGGCAGUCCGUUGGUCAGGGACGAGGUGACAUUCCAGUUCAAAAUAAUCCUGUAAAUUUUGACCAGCAGCAACAACAACAGCAGCAGCAACAACAACAGCAACAACAAGAACAACAACAGCCUGUGUUUCAACAACAACAACAACAAGACAAUAGGGCUUCAUAUCAAACAAAUCAAGAUUCACUGCCAAAGAAAGAGGAAAGUAUGAGAAUAAUGUGGGAUUGGAGUGACUUUCUCAUUAAUUAUGAACAAUAUGUGAUGCCAGAACAGAAGAACCGGCGUGCCCCGCAGGCCACAACAGGUGAACCAUGGCCAAUGCCGCAGUAUUAUACAACAAAAAGAAACAAAGUUUAUAAAAUUAAUCGGGACAAAUUUCAGUUUAGAAUUGUAAAAGAGUCAUGUGAUAUAGUUGAGAAAGCUGUGAUCAGGUACAAGGAUUAUAUAAUAAAUGAUACCAUCCUGGAUAUGCAUAAUAAUUUACAAUACGCUAGAGGUUCAAACUUUGAAGAUUUAGGAGCAAAGUAUGAAAAGGAAAUGUAUCGAAGGGCUCCUUAUCUGGAUGCAGUUACAGUCAAAAUCAGAAGGCCAUGUGCCAAACUACCAAGUGAUAAAAUGGAUGAAUCUUAUGAUUUGUUUGUGAAGAGGAAGGCAUCAUAUAUUUGGGCCAAUGAAGUCUGGGGAGCCAUAAGAGGACUAGAAACUUUCAGUCAGCUGGUAUUUAGAGGUGUUGAUGAUGAGUUAUACAUCAAAGACACCACAAUAAAUGACUACCCAAGAUUUCAGCAUAGAGGGAUACUUCUAGAUUCCAGCAGACAUUUUAUGUUUAAAGAUGUUAUAUUUGAUGUACUUGAGGCCAUGGCCAUGAACAAGAUGAAUGUUCUCCAUUGGCAUAUUGUGGACGACCAGUCUUUCCCAUACCAUAGUAAAGUUUACCCAGAUCUUAGUCAAAAGGGAGCAUAUCACCCUUCCUUUGUAUAUAGUCAUGAAGAUAUUGCUGAAAUUAUAGACUAUGCCAGACUUAGAGGUAUCAGAGUUAUGCCAGAGUUUGAUACACCAGGUCAUACCUAUUCAUGGGGACUGAGUAGACCAGACUUGCUGACCCAGUGCUAUCAAGGAGCUCAUCCAGUAAAUGGUUAUUUGGGUCCCAUGGAUCCCAGUAAAAAUGAGACCUACAGAUUCCUGAAAAAUUUCUUCAAUGAAGUAAUGCACGUGUUCAAAGAUCAGUACCUACAUUUAGGUGGAGAUGAAGUUCCUAUGACAUGUUGGUCCUCCAAUCCAGAAGUGUUAAAGUUAUUAAAUCAGCUUGAGGGCAAACCAGACCAGCCAAUAAACUUACAGAAUAAUGAUCCUUACAUGUACAGUUAUGAAAUCAGAAAAGUUCUCGAGUAUUAUGAAAAGAGAUUGACGACUGAUCUGAAAGACAUUGGAAGUAAAAGACCAAAUGGUGUACGAUUUGUUAUGUGGCAGGAGAUCAUGAAUAAUAAUGUUCAGCUCCCCAAUGAUACCAUCAUACAGAUAUGGCAGGGUGACAUGGGAGAUGUACAGAGAGCAAUAGAUAUGGGAUAUAAUGUUGUGUAUUCUACAUGUUGGUACCUAGAUCUCAUAGAAUAUGGUGUAAAGUGGCCCAAAUAUUACAACUGUGACCCAGUUGAUACUUCAUUUGGAUAUCAAAUUAAUGAGAAGAAAGUAUUAGGAGGAGAGGCCUGUAUCUGGGCAGAAUAUCUUGAUAAUGAGAACUUGAUGACAACUUUAUGGCCAAGAGCAUCAGCUCCUGCAGAAAGAUUGUGGAGUAAUAAAGAAGUCCGAGAUGUAGAGGCGGCAGGAAAAAGACUGACUGAACAUAGAUGUAGAAUGUUGAGUCGAGGUUUACAGGUUGGAACAAUAAGUGGGCCAGAUUAUUGUUUACGUCGAGGCCGUAGGCAUGACCGUGACGGUGUAAGGAACUGUACAGGAGAUAAAUGUUACCGUGAUGUUAUUCAGUACGAGAAGAUUAACGUCCACGUACAACAGAGAGGGAAGGCUGAUUGUAAUCAGAUGAUGGCAAGCAGUGGUUCUAUGAUGUCCACAGUUCUGAUAGUUAUUGUGGUGUUAAUGUUCUUCAUUGCAAGUCUAAAAGUGUCAGGAGCUAAAAUAGUACAAGUCAAACUGUGUAGAAAUAAGACAAUUUUAAUAGCAUUUCUAGGACUUCUUGUUGUGUAUUUCAUGUGCUAUACAUCCCUAUGGAUAUCUGUCAUGGAGAUCAAAGGAUCAUUUGAAAAGAGAGUCAAAUCUUCUUACCCAGAAUCGAAAUAUAGCUGAAAUUUUUAAUGUAAACUACAAAAGAAAAAAGUGUGUAUUUUAAAGAAAAUAUUGUGUAUUUUUCGCAUCACAGGGUGUUAUAGGUAUACUUGCAUAGUCAAACGUGUAAAAUUAUUAAGCUAUGUCUUCUUUAAAUGGAUUGAUUCAGAAUUCAAACGGAUUUAAGUUUAAACCAACGUAUAUUCAUUAGUGAUUUUUUUUUCCCCCAGACUUUUACGAGUAGAAAAACAAAAAAUUAAUAUGAAUAUAAAAAGUUGCAAAUAUGUUAAAAUUGAAUGUUCUCUUAUAUGAAUACUUGAACAAAAAUACAAAAUAACAAAUAUAAGUCGCCUUGUAAGUUCAUGUUAAGGGCUAAACUUGAAAAUAAGUUGGUUUACAGUUGUUCAAUUUUUGUGUUUUAGUAGAAAAUUUAUGUGUCAGCGAUUUAGUUUGAAUGUAUUUCGUUUUUUUUUUUUUGUAAUUAUUGAAUCUUCUUUUUUUUUAUUAGAUUCUCUUUUUGUGUCAAUUUAUACUGAUUUUCUGAAUCAAUAUGUAGAAGGAAAGACAUGGAAUAGGAUAGUUUGAUUUGUUAUUAAGAGUUAACAGUGAUGCAAAUAUUUAUACCACCCCAAAAAUACAAAGUUAUUUUAAAUAGCAAUUGUUUCAUAAAGUCUUUCAAAUGAUCAACUCUGUGUUUACAAUGUAGCUUGCUGUAUUAUUUCAUAAUAUAGAAAUAUACAUCAACAGAUGGAGUUUUAACUUUUAGACAUAAUAGUAAAAUUAGAUCUUACAUCAAUUCAACAACACUAAAAUAAGAAUCUCAAAGAGAAAGACAAAUAGAUAAACAUAGGAAAAACUGCAAGAUUGUGUUUUGAUUCGUGAUUGUUAUCUGGAUAAAUAUUUAAUUUUUGUCAAACUGUCAAACUAAAGUUUACCUUCAGAUGUAAGAUUCAUUAAUUAUUGAUGAAAAUACAUUCUUAAAAAAUUGUACAACUGAUUCACCAUUUGGAUCUGUACUUUAUUUGUAUGGUAAGCUGAGAGAAUUUAAGCAUUUGCAAUAAUUAUGGUAAGCUAGUCAUUUUUCAAAUUUUGUGUUGAUACAUGUUGAUAAAUAGAUGUUAUAAAUUUGCAGUAUGUAUUUAACUGGGCUCAUUUUAGUAAUUUGUUUAUAAUUGAUAUAUACUUCUGUGAAAAAGUGACAUGUUUCUUUAGUCUUCUUUGUGAGAUUUUGUCCUAGAAUAAUUUAAUAAUAUAUUGUUAUUUUGUAUAAUCUAACUCUUUUGAUUUGUUCAGAAAAAGUCACAUGUUCAACAGUAUAUUCAAAGGUAGACUGAAAACGUCAAAUUUAAAAGUGAUAUUGCACAGCUAUUUUUGAAAUAUUCAAAAAUUGAAAAUUAAAAACCUCAAUACUUUGUGAUGGAAUUGUUACAACAAAUUAAAUGAACUUUAUGUUCUGUUUCUUGCAUAUUGGCAAUAAUAUAAUAACAAUUAUAGCCUUAUUUUGAGGUCAAUACCAGGAUAUACCUAUUUAAAGAAAUAUAUUGACCUCAGACUUCGUCCUCAGUCGAUAUACUUAUUUCAGGUUGAUAUAUAUCCUUGUAUCUACUUCAUAAAAAGUUUAUAGUUCUAUAAUAAUAUCUAGAAAUAAUAAUAAUUAAAUGUUUUAUAUUAAUCAAUGUAUAAUUUGUUUUUAACAAGUCAGUGCUAGAACAUGCAUUUGAAUAAUUUUUAACGAAGCGUGUGCAUGUGGUAAAUAGGUUUUAACUUAAAUUACAUAUAGGUAAAGGAUACAUAUUUUUUGAAAAGUUUUUCUUUUCACAAUGCAUAAUCUGUACAUAGCUUUGAACAGUUAAAUGCAAUAUAUAUUAGUGCAAAGAAAUUCAGUGAAUUUUUAAGCAGUUUAAAAUUUGAAAAUUCUAUGAAUUUUUAUCUGUAAAUAUAAUUGUGAAUAUUGUAUAUAAGUUUUGAUUAUAAAUUAUUGGUAUGUUGAUUAAUGCUUUGCGCUUCCACCGAUGUUUUAUUUUACACUAUUUGCCUGAUGUGUUUGAAUAAUUAUUUGCAUGAAUUUUGUACAUAGAUUAAACAUUGAUUUUUAUUUCUUUUAUGAAGAACACGCUGGAGGAACUGUUUGAGUACUCUUGACACCAAAAAAGACUUUUCAGAUUAAAAUUUGAAUUUUGAAUAUAGAAAAUAAUGCGUUAUAUUUAGAACUUUUUAUUUCACAGAAUCUCUUAUUUUAAUGAAUUAAUACCAUCUUUUAUUCAAGAGCUUUGAUUAUUAGAAAUGGUAUUCUAUAGACGACCUUCGAAUUUGUGCACUUUCCCAUAUAUUUCCUAUGUCACAAUGCUUAUGUUAUUAUGUCACAGUAAGAAUGGAUUGUUCAAUGACGUAGUUUAUGUCCAUUGACCCUGGGUCAGCAGGUGUAACUCAUUCAUAAAAAAGAACUCUAGAUCGGUGUAUUGAUUUUAAAUUUCUGACUAUGUUGCUUCUGACCAAUAAUUUGAAUUUCUGAUGUUUGAGUAUGACCAAGCAGAACUCUUCUUUAUGUUAGAAACAAUACAGAUUUUCUAGUUAGAUAUUACACGAUUAUUGAAUUUAUGAUUUUAACAUCAGAGGAAUUACUCUCGCUUAAUAUUAUAUUUUUGUUAUAAGAAACCAUUUUUUGUUUUAGUAUUUUUGCUAUUUUUGGUAUUUGGCUGUUUAUGUUGUGUUCAGCUGUUCCAUCUUUUUUUAAGAUUGCAUGCUUUUAAUUCUGUACUUGUAUAUUGUCACCAGUCAUUUCAAAACCUGUAGAUUUUUUUUAGUGAACAGUAAACAUUCCAUCAUUUCAACAUUUUUGACUAGUUUUAUUCAAAGAAAUAUUUUAUAAACAGUACUUCCAAGAAAUAAAGUAUUUUUCAAUCAAUUUUUAAUUACACAAAUAGGAGUAAGAAAUAAGUCAGUUGAACCUGCAUUUUAUUUUCAAUGAGAUGAAAAUUUGAUUUCUGCAAAAGAGCUUAAUUCUGAUGUUUAAAUUUCUUAUGGAUAAUUGUUAUAAUAUUAUAUCCUACAUAUGUAAUUGAUAUGACUAUGAGUGGAUAAUUCAUACAAGAUAUUUAGAAGUUAAAUGUGAGAAACAAUUUAUUUAAACAUAAUUAUGUAUGUAGUGUAAUCGAAUGCCUAUAUAUGGAAGGUGAUGUAUUAUGUAGAUUUUCUUAAUGUUAGUAUAUUUGGAAAAAAGUUUUAUAAAAACAGCCAAAAUUAUUAUGGUGCAGUAUUGAUAAGUAAUUAUUUAAGCAUCAGAUUUAAUGAUCAUUGAUGUAAGCUCUCUUCUGUAAGUUAUGGUCCUUUGUAUUACAUUAGCCUAGGAAGUUCAUAACAUCAAAUAAUUGUAUGUGAAUUUUCUUUUACUCUUAAGAAAUGUGAUGUACUAUUUUGUAACCAACCUUUACAGCCUUCGAAGUCAUUCUCUUGUUGAGGAUGUAAUGACUUUAUGUCACUCAUAUUAAAAGUUCUCUAAAUUGAAAGAGAGGUUAAAAUCUGGUUGUAUGAUAAUAUGCAAUCUAGAAAAAAAGACUUGAUAUAUAUUUUAACUGGCACACAUUGAAACGUAAGAAAAAACCAUAUUGUUUUUAAUAAAUAUGUCUCACAAUAAAAUUUAAGAUUUUCAAAUGUUUACAAAUAAAUGACACCAUUAGCUUUCAUCUUUUUAAGCUGUAAAUCAUUCAUCAUCUUGCUGUUUAUAGGAAAACAAUGUAUUAUAAGUUUGUUAUAUUUGUUAUAAAUUUUUUUAGUUCAAAACAAUUAAAUAAAACCAAAAUAAUGACAAGUUGAUGAGUUCAUGUUGUUCAAUGAAAGAGGCAACUUGUAUUUUGUCAGUAGAAACUACAUUUAAGCAUUGUUUUAGAUUUUGACAUCUAUACAUUUGCUCUUAUUAAAAAAAACUGAUCAUAUACUAACUUAUCAUGUACUGAAAUUCAUUUUCAUUUUCUUGUGUUCAAUUUAUGUUGUAUUGUUAGAUCAGUAUUACAUGUGCUUAGUGCUUUUAAUCUGUUUUAUAUGGUAUGAUUUUAAAACACUGAAUGAAGAAACUCGGUUGUGGUGACUUAGUAGAAAAAAAAAAAAAUCAAAAUAGGUAUACACCUCAAUGAUAAGUGUUUUUUUUACAUUAAGUGACUCGUAUUUGCUACAUUAUUGGCAAUGUUAUAUAUUUGAUAAAACUGAUCAUUUACUAAAAAAAUUAUAAAUAUUUCUAGAUAAUCAUCAUAUCGGUACUUAAUUGAUUUUUUUCUUUUGGUCCAGUUAAACAUAUCAGAAAUAGAUAAACUGUAACAGAAGAAAUUUUUGUUCAGGUUUUAAAUUUAGUUUAUUUCAAGGAUAUAUGUCAUCCAGAAAAUUAAAAUCUAAAUGAAAUUUUAACCUAUUUCACAGCCUGGAAUACAGGAAAAUGAAUCCAGAUAAAUUGAAUUAAGAGACAAAACUCUGAAAUUUUAACCCCAUGAAAAUUAAUAUAGACCCUCAUGAAAUAUAUUAUGUAUAAUAAUAAAAAAAAAAAACAGUUUAAGAAAAUUUCCAAAAUGGUGUAUUGAUUAACCAGAUUUGAAAAAUACGCCUCAUUGAUAUGUUUUUGUUAUUUUCUACAUUACAAUGCAUAGUUAUUGCUUUUCUUGUGCCAGAUUUCAUAUUUCGGGUAAAAUUGGCAGCCAUAUAUUUAUUACAUUACCAAAGUUUUGUUUUGAUUUGUUAAAACAGAUUGCUCAGAGUGAACAGUGCUUUGUUUGUUUCAUUAUUUCAGGCUUUACUGAAACAGCUGUACAUGGUUAGUGUCGUAAGUGUCUUGUUUGUCUUUUGCUGUAAAGUAGCUUUGGUUUAAUUUAUGAAAUGCUUUCUUGAAAUACAGUAGAAAUUUGGUUGCUCAUACAAACUAACAGUUACAGUUCAAGUCAAAAGAUAUGUGUAGUUAUGAUGAUCUUUUCAGUUUUUUGUACCAGAGUUUCACUGUGUUCUUCAAAAACUAAAAAAAAAGAACUACUAAUUUUUGUCGAGCCUUCGACUUUAGUCGAAAAAGCGAGACAUAGCGAUCCUACAUUCCAUCGGUGUCGUUGUCGUCGGCGGCGUCCACAAAUAUUCACUCUGUGGUUAAAGUUUUUGAAAUUUUAAUAACUUUCUCAAACUAUCCUGGAUUUCUACCAAACUUGGACAGAAGCUUGUUUAUGAUCAUAAGAUAGUAUCCAGAAGUAAAUUUUGUAAAAAUAAAAUUCCAUUUUUUCCGUAUUUUACUUAUAAAUGGACUUAGUUUUUCUGCCAUGAAAUAUUACAUUCACUCUGUGGUUAAAGUUUUUAAAAUUUUAAUAACUUUCUUAAACUAAUUUGGAUUUGUACCAAACUUAGACAGAAGUUUGUUUAUGAUCAAAAGCUAGUAUCUAGAAGAAAAUUUUGUAAAAAAAUAAAUCUAUUUGUUCCGUAUUUUACUUUUAAAUGGACUUAGAUUUUCUGCCAGGAACCAACACAUUCACUCUGUGGUUAAAGUUUUUAAAAUUUUAAUAACUUUCUUAUACUAUUUUGGAUUUGUACCAAACUUGGACAGAAGCUUGUUUUUGAUCAAAUGCUAGUAUCUAGAAGGAAAUUUUGUUUUCUUCCAGUUAACAUUACAUUCAGUCUGCAUUUAAAGUUUUUAAACAUUUAUUAGAUUCAUAAACUAUCCUGGAUUUUUACCAAACUUGGAAAGAAGCUUCUUUCAAUCAAAAGAUAGUAUCAAGAGGGAUAUUUUUAUUGAUUUACUUCCUCAUUUUUGUUGAGCCUGCGAUUAACAGAAAAAGUAGGCGAGACACUGGGUUCCGCGGAACCCUUACGAAUUUUUAUUAGAUUUAGAUAUAUUAGCCAUAAAUAUUCACAUUUUAUUGAUAUGAAAUACAGUGAAGGUAAAUAUAUCAGUUGAAGCAGAAAUUGUCUUGUACAAUUAAUUACAAAAAAAUAAUACCAAAAUUAACAUCUAUUGCAACAGUUACAAAUUAUAGUGAGUUUAUCUAAGGCAGACUUAUUAUGAUAAAAACACAACUCUAAUUUAUAAUUAUAUUUAAACAGAAUCUUCAUGGAAAAAAAUAGAUAAGGGAAAGCUGUAAUUACUUAGCAACGUCAGUUAAGUGUUUGCAGGAACUGGGAAAUCAAAUCUAUUACCUUGUGUAAUGGAUAGAUUAAAAAAAACGAGUCAAAUAAACAUGUGGCAAAAUUUAGCAUCUUUCAGCUUUUUAUUAAGCAUUUAAACUAAAGGACAAAUUUACAGCAGUCUAAAGUUUAAUAUGUAGUACUGAAUUUUUGCAGAUAAAAAAAUCUAGUUAAAUGAAUUUUUAAUAAUGGUAAAUUCAUUAUUAGAAUUUGAUCUACAUGGAAAAAAAUCAAGAGCUAACCUAUAACUUACUUUGUAUAUCAUAGCAAUAAAAAUGUCAACUAUGCUGUUCUUUUAAUAUAAUGGAUUUCCAUCUGCGAUUUUAAUUGAAUGAGUAAUGGUAAGAAUAGCACUGCUAAUUUAUUCUUGUAACUUUUAUUGAUAAAAUAGAAACUGCCUGAUAAUUUGUCAAAUGAAUGUACUUAACAUGAAAUUGUGACUACACUUUUACAUCAAUGUUUUAUAAAUUUUGUGUUUGUCUGAUUUUUUCCUGUUUUAUAAACUGUUCAUUGUUUGUAUUUCUUUGAGAUCAAUAAAGUGUACAUAAUUGUU